GCCUUUACGCGGCCCAGGCUGCGUUCCCUCACCUUCUGGAGCUUCCGGAGGCUUGGCAUGCAUACACACAUACGCACACACACACUCCCCUCAUUGGCGCGGGAGACCCCUCUCCGAGGCUUUGGGGAGCUCCGGGGGCGUCCGGAACAGGGUGACCUAAUCCCCCCACCCGGGAGCGAAUGGUUCUGGCCGCCCCGCCCCGCCUUACCGCUCGCGGGUUGCUGUUUGAUGCGCGCGCGGAGCAUACAUCGCUAGGGCUUGGCUUCCCGGGUUGAGUCUGCCCGCGCUGUCCCCCAGGCGGGGGCCGGGGGCGGCCUGAGCUGCCGGGGGUCGCGUGCUCCUGGGGUUCAGAGCUGCAGAUCUCGGAUGAACCGCGCGCCACAGGUGCCCAAGCGUCCCCGCAAAGGAGUCCAGGCCUGGGGGAAGGGGGCGCUGUGGGUUGCGGCCGACGUCAGCCAGCCAAGAUGCUCAGCUUUGUAGGUGGGACUUACACUUGUGACUUCAUCUUUUGAAGCCUCAGUUUUGUCAUCUGUAGAAUGGACAUAAUGGAAGCUACCUCACAGGACUGCUGAGAAGAUUAAAUGAGACAAUGCUUGUAGAGCUCUUUGCAGGAGGGAGACCUGGAGGCAGGGACUGGCAGGCAGAGCACACCUGCUGUCACCCAGGACCAUGAGCAGCGUGAAGACCCCGGUGGAGCUGGCCGUCAGUGGGAUGCAGACCCUCCACGUUCAGCACCGCUGCCGGGGCAGCUGCCGGGUCAAGGUUAGGCCGUCAUACGUGGAUGAGACUUUGUUUGGCAGUCCUGCAGGCACCCAGCCCACACCACCAGUCUUUGACCCACCCUGGACGAGGAAGGCCAGCAGAACCAGAGGAGUGGGUACAGGGGCGUCACAGGCCUCAGGGGCCAACGGGAGCUGUGAGACUACCUCCUCCAGGGACAAGACCCUGACCCUCGCACCAAGGAAGAAGAACAAAUACAGACUGAUUGGCCACACUCCUUCUUACUGUGAUGAGUCGCUCUUCGGCUCCCGACCUGAGGGCGCCGGCUGGGAGGCCCCGUGGAUGGCGAAGGGGGAUGCUGCAAAGCUCCAUGCCCUCUUCUGGACACCCCCGGCUACCCCUAGGGACAGCCACUCACCCCGCCCCAGGGAGACUCCAGUGCGAGCCAUUCACCCAGCUGGUCCCUCGAAGACAGAGCGCAGGGUGGUGGCAGACGCCCGGAGGUUGUCCGUGGAUGGGUUAGACUCUCCACGCCCUCCGAGGCGGGAGCGUUCCUAUUCCCUCACCCACCUUAAUGUCCCCAGCACAAGUCACCCACCCACCAGUACCCCCUGCACAAAUGGGCCUCGAGAUCCCAGACCUUCCCCGUCAGGAGUGACCUUCCGGAGCCCCCUGGUGACUCCCAGGGCUCAUUCAGUCAGUGUUUCAGUGCCAGUUACCCCCCGACGAGGCGGAGCCACCCAGAAACCAAAGCCACCUUGGAAAUGAAUGUCUUGAUCCUUUCUGCAGGUUUGCCCAUGGGGUCACAGCAAAGGGCAGAGUUUCAGAGGAUGGCACUGGUGGGCGGGCCUUUGGGGAGACCACCAGGCAUUGGCAAAGCACUCCUGGGGGCAGACAGAGCGAGGUUGGGCAGUGCCGCCCUUUCUUCUGACAACCUCUGGUUGCUCCCUGCUUUUGCCACUGAUGUGGAUAUGAGGGCCGCCUCUUGAGAUCCCUGUCUCAAGUUCUGUCAUAGCCACACAGCAUAUCAGUGCCAACCCAGGGGUGUCCCCCGGGAGGGUCCCCCCACCCCCUCCAUCACACCCACAACAUUGUCUCGCCACCAAGUGUGAAUAAAUGGUAUGAUCGCCAACCCGGAGGGUUCCUUCUCCCUCCCCUCAAGCCAAGCUCCUGCUCAGGAUGAGUUUCCAGCUGAGUCUGGACGCCUCAGGAAUUUUCCCAGGCACAGUAUGUGGACCAGCAGGGAACACAAGGUGAUAUGUGGGUGGACAUUUAAAAUUUUAAUAGUCAUGUAUUUAUUUUCAUGUAUUAAAUAUAUCAGUAGCUCA